AUGGUGCAGCAAGAUGUUGGUGCUGCGGUCCCCGCUGCAGUUCUUCUCCUUGUUGGGAAGGGAGGCGGAAGCAGCUGGUGGUGGGCUACGUGUCUGCGUGCGUAUGGAGGGCGUGAAGUGGGGGUUGUGGCCCCUGCCACGACUACUAAAACUGGUAUUGCAUUGUUGUAUGAUGAAGUAUCCGAAAAUGCUUAUGACAUCCGACUGAAGCUUACAAAAGAGGUAUUAACAAUUCAAAAACAAGAUGUCGUCUGUGUUAGUGGAAAUGAUCACAGUGCAAAUCACAGAACUGUUACACUUCGUAGACAACCAGUUGGUGGCUUGGGCUUAAGCAUAAAGGGUGGUGCUGAGCACAAAGUGCCUGUCGUCAUAUCAAAAAUAUUUAAAGACCAAGCAGCUGACCAAACAAGAAUGUUAUUUAUAGGAGAUGCAAUAAUACAGGUUAAUGGUAUAAAUGUAGAAAGUGCUACCCAUGAAGAAGUGGUACACCUACUGCGAAACGCUGGCGAUGAAGUUACCAUCACUGUUCAGUACCUCAGGGAAGCUCCAUCAUUUUUAAAGCUCCCAUUAGGUUCCCCUGGACCAUCCAGUGAUCACAGCAGUGGAGCUUCAUCACCUCUCUUUGACAGUGGCUUACAUUUAAAUGGAAACUCAACUAACACUGCUCCAUCAUCACCUUCUUCACCCAUAGCUAAUGAACCAAAAUACGAGAAGCGCUGGCUAGACACCUUAUCAGUUCCUCUGUCAAUGGCUCGAAUCUCGAGGUACAAAGCUGGAACAGAUAAAUUAAGAUCUAAUGCAUUUGAAGUGCUGGCACUCGAUGGAGUUAGUACUGGGAUACUUCAGUUUUAUACAGCCCAGGAGAGUGCUGACUGGCUGAGAGCAAUAUCAACUUACAUCAGUGAUUUGACACUUCAAAAUAUGAAAAUGGCAAAUAAAUGCUGUUCUCCCUCAGAGCAGGUCAUACAUAUGGGAUGGGUAAAUGAGAGACUUGAAGGAACUGGUUCAUCUCAGCUCUACAAAUUCAAGUUUCUGGCAUUGAAGGGUUCAUCCUUCUACAUUUUCAGCACUCCACCGGUAAGCACACUAGACUGGGUACGAGCUGAAAAAAUCUAUAACCUCUGUGAGGUUCUAUUUAAAAUUCAUAAGCUCUGGCUUGCUGAUGAUUGCUGGCUACAAGCAAACUUGUAUUUAGGUAUUCAUCAGGACUUUGAUCUUGAAGACCAGAGGCCAUAUUGUUUCAGUGUUAUGGUUGGACAUGGCAAGAGUCAUUAUUUCAAUGUAGAGCUGGGCAGCGAGUUGGCGGUGUGGGAGAAAUCAUUUCAAAGAGCGAUUUUCCUGGAAGUUCAAAGAACAGGGUCUAAAACAUAUAUGUGCAGUUGGCAAGGGGAUACCCUGUGUUUCACAGUCGACUUUGCUCUGGGAUUUACCUGUUUUGACAGUAAAACAAAGAAUGUGCUGUGGAGGUUUAAAUUCUCUCAGCUCAAAGGCUCUUCAGAUGAUGGGAAAACAAGAGUAAAACUGCUUUUUCAGAAUCUAGACACCAAACAAAUUGAGACAAAGGAACUUGAAUUUCAGGAUCUGACGGCAGUUUUACACUGUAUUCACUCCUUUAUAGCAGCAAAAGUGGCAUCUGUGGAUCCGGUAUUCAUAGACAGUCAGAGCAUUGCAAGAAAAUAUAUGUAUAGUAACUGA